AUGGCGCGCACUCGAGUUGGUGGGAAGCGGAAAGGUCCCCGAGAUCCCACCAAAGAGGCUCGCAUUCAAGCCGCCAUCCAGGAUACCUUGACUGGUGUUCAUGGCAGUUUUCGCAGUACUGCCAUAGCUCACAAUGUACCCCCACAGACUGUGCGAGAUCGUGCAGCAGGCAAAUACCGUACUCAACGCUCAUUCCUCAAUGAAUCCCAAGAAAAAGUACUGGUGGACUGGUGCCACCAUAACUCGGAUUCAGCAACCCCUCUACAUCCUCGAAAACUCCGUGCUCGAAUACUGGAGAUGGUGAAAGUUUACCCUGGCAAGAAUUGGGUCCGCCGCUUCCUUUCUCGUCAUGCAGAAAUCAUUGUUGCAAAACCCUGA